AUGGAGUACCUUACAAAUAAACUAGAAAUGGUCACAGUCGACGACAAAAAUAUCAGUUCUAUAAUGGAAAGAAAAAACUUAAAAGGGAUAGACGGUUACUGGAAGCAGCCCGAAAUAUUUAUUGGCGUCAAAGACUUCUUCAAGUUUAUCAAACUAGAUGCAGCACAAGAAUUGGAAUCAGGAUUUCUGUUACUCAGGGCAAAACUUGGACCAAUGCUAGCCGGGAAUGGUUAUAUAAAUAAUAUUCGCAAAGCAAGUGCUACACCAAUAACCUCAGCCGUAUCAUGCAUGGCUAGCGUAACGAGCCACGAUGACAGAAAGCUAUGGAGAUCACGGAGUAGAUUGGAAAAUUCGGAGCAUAACAAAAUAGUGGAUGCUUACAAUCCUUAUUACAGCUAUUUUGAUGAGUGCUAUAAAAUUCAAGUGGAAAGUGGAGAUAGAAAAAAAGAACUUGAAGAUGAUGAUGAAAAAGAUGAAGUUGAGAUCGGAAUUGAAAAUAAGGAUAUCGACCAAGAAAGUAAGGAAAGCACAGUAGAAGCUCAAACAAAAGCUGAAAUCUGGCAUCAAAGCGACUGUUUGCAGUUCAGGGGAGACUGGUAUUCUGCCCUGGACGGAAGAAAUGGUUGGUGCAAGAAAAGGUAG